GCCACGUCACAGGCGAUCCAGUCCCGGACCCAAAAGUUCACCACCUCCACCACUCUCUCCCACCCACAGUCUCGCUCCUUCUUCCGCGGCCGGCGGCGCACCGGGCCGCCGCGCGUCGCCAUGUACAGCUCCUACUCCGCGGCCGCCUUCGCCCUCAGGGCCGGGAAGCCGUCCUAUCACGCCCACUCCUCCGCUUACACCACCUCGCACCACUGCCAGCAGUACUCGGACGGCGACGCCGGUCAGCGGGAGCUCGCCCCGCCGAACCCUCACCUUAAUCCCCGCUUUCUGCUCGACGGGUACCUCCUCCGCCACUCCACCCACCUCCUCCUCCUCUCCGCGCGGCUCCGGCCCCCGCCCCCGCCGCAUCCGCCUCACUGCUGCCACCGGCGUGUGGCAGCUCGCUGCUGCAGCAGCAGCAGAGGUGGAUGCGGUGGUACAAGAUCGUCUCUCCAGCACGUUCCUUGGCGAUUGGAGGCGGCCGCGCAACGAUGCUGCGUGCAGGGCACUACAAGGUCGGAUCUUGGAGCGGUUUGCCGGCGAUCGAACGCGCCGGGAUGCGGCUGUGGCAACUCUGGCAGUGGCAGGUUUGGUCUUGAGAAUAGCUGUGGAAAUCGGGGUACGCUGAGGUUGCUGGGGAGGGCCGUCCGGCAGGAGGUGUGGGAGUACGAUGGUGGUCAGUGGCCGCACACAAGCUACUCGAUGGAAUGCCAUGAUGACUGGGAUGACCAAGAGGAAGAGGAUGAGGAUCAAUGCAGCCAUGCUCAGUGGGAGCUGCAACGGAAGUCGCGUAUGAGAAGAAGAUGGAAAGAAGAAGAUGACGAUGCUAGAUGUAGAGAUUGUCAUGGGAGGAAGGCUGUGGAGAAUGAUUGCUAUCAUGAAGGUGAGUACAGUGGCCGUCGGAGAGAAAUUAGGGACGUGAACGGGACUCGUGCUAGUCUCCAAUCUGCUCGGAGGAGGUUGGAGCAGAGGGGCUACCUCGACGAUGAGGAUACGAGGCGAAGAAGGGAGGUGACAGAAGAGAGAGAUAGGAGGGAGUUUGAAUUUGAUGAUGCAAGGAAAGUUGGUGCUAGAAGAUACAGUGAGGAUGACAGGAAAUAUGAUCGCAGAAGAGGAAAAAGGGAUUCUGAUUAUGAGGAUGUGUUUGAUGCUACAAGAUACAGUGAGGAUGACAUGAAAUAUGACCGGAGAAGAGGAAAAAGGGAUUCUGAUUAUGAGGAUGUGUUUGACUCUGGAAGAGUGAGAGCUGACAGGUACACUGAGGAUGAUCGAAAAUUUGGUCGCAGAACAGAGAGGAUGGAUUUUGAAAUCGACAAUGAGGAUCAUUUGAGAAGAGAUGGGAGGCGCCAUAGAAAUGAUGAUGAAAGAUUUGUUGUCACGAACCCAGGGGGAAAGAAGUAUAGGGAGGAGGAUGUUUCACCCUCAGGAUCACGCCGUUGGCGUGAUAGCGAGUAUCAUAACGAUGAUCGAGAUAUUGCUGAGCGUAAGCACUACUCGCGUGAUAGGUCUCGGAGUUCUGCUUCUGCAUUUCAUAAGGAUGACUCACAGAGGGCGUCGAGUUCAAGGAACACUGUUGAUGAAAGACUUGCAAGGGAGAAUUCAUCCUCGAGGGUGCGGUGGGAUGAUAAUGUAGACCGACGAACUGCACAGACAUCGGAAGAGAGGGACCGACGUUAUUCUUCGUUUGUUGGUUUAUCAAAUGAUGAUAAACGUGAGUACGAUUAUGAUGAAGCACAGGUUGUCAGAGCAAGAGAUUCUAGGAUGGGAACACAAGAUGUCAAGGUUAUAACUGAGGAUGAUACAAGCUUGAUUUCCAGUUCAAAGAACUCUUCCAUUUUGAAGCACCGUAGAGAUUUAGAUCAGCAAGUAGCAGCACGAAGGGAAGAAUCAAACAAGAGCUCACAGAGGAUAAUGGAGACAUCUGAAGUCAGACGUAACAAUACUGAACUGGAUUCAGCAACACUGAGUAAUUACCAGGAAGAUAGAAGAAACUACAUUGAUAAUAAGUCAUCUUCCCUUCAAAGUUCUGUAAAUGUUGCUACUGACAGUAGAAGACAAAUUGAUCGGCAUGAUGAGGUCGAGGUGGAUCAUCAGAUGGUUGCACUCACUGACUCGAGGAAAAACUCAGAAAAGCUCACGGAUAUAAAGAUGGAUAGUAGUCACAAUGUGAACAGGGCCUCUCACUCACAGAGAAAUUACGAGGAAGUUAACCAGAUGGACAUCGAUGACAGAUCUACUUCCAUAGAGAAUAUAACUCAUAUCAUAAGAGACAAGAAGAGGUAUGUAAACCAGCAGGUGAUGCAUGAAACAGACAUAGAUGUGCAGAAUGCUACACAUGCUGAUGUUUCUACAGUUCGUGCUAGUGAUAUUUCUAUGUCGAGGAGCUCACACAAUCAUUCUGAAACUAGAUCGGAUGUAAAUUCUAUUUCUAACACGAGUCUGAUUGACCGGGCAAGGGUCCAGCAAGAACAAAUCCAUCAAAACAAGGUCCUUGCUAGUGAUAGGACGAUUGUUAGGGGUUCACAGAGUAGUCAGGACACUGGAGUGUAUGGUCAAGUUCAUUCGGUUUCAGUUACUGGUAGCACAAAAGAGAUGCAAGAACAAGUGGAACUUACUAAGGCUCGUACAAACAAUACUGCAACAAGUACUUCAGAAAGCCACAUUGAAACAAGAACAAAUGAUCGAUUUCAUCCGUCCUCAUCUGUAUAUACUGCUAGUGGCAUGAAGGAACAAACUGAUGUUACCAAGAUCCACGCUAGUGACACUGUAGUUGUUAGCAGUUCUCAUAACCGAAGUGACAAUCAAGCUCAAAAGAUUUCAGCUGUCAAUCUUGUGGAUGCUAUGGAUAGCCGUGAAAAUAGUGAUCUGCAAAUUACACAAGGCUCUAGUGAAAGAAGCGAUCAAGUAAGGACCACAUUUUCUGAAUCCUCUCAAGACUCUAGAGGAAUACUCACAAGAGUAGAAGAAACCGGGAGAUUCGUGAACCAUAACACAGCUUUGAACUCGCAGCAGACAGGCAGCAGCAGAAUCUCUGAUGACAAAGAUAUUACUGGUUUGGGGAUCGAGAACAGCGGCAAGGCAUCCGACAUCAAUGUGGAUAUGGAGGAAAGAGGAACAAUAGUAGGAAGGACUGAACCGACUGCAAUACAGAGUUUACCAGGUGGUUCAUCUACCAGAAAGUCUGUCAACGAAAGCAUGUUAGAAUCAGCUGCUCGAUUAGAGAAAUCAUCUACAUUUCAUGUAGGGCAAUUUGUUGGUGAGCUCCAAAGAGAUGCCUCAGAUGCAGAUACUACUUUAACAAAGAAAAACGAGAAGUCCAUAAUGGAAGGUACAACGAGAUCUUCAUCCAGGUCCAGAAUGAAGGGGCCAUCAGAUGAGAUUUGGGAUGUUCAAAGUGCUACUUCCCAAGAGACCUUUAAGACGGCAGAUAAGGAGGAAGGAUCCUCAGCUGAUGGAGGUGCAAACUCAGCCUCUCAGACACCCAAAAAUGAAACUGCUAUUGCUAAAAAAGUUCACAAGUCACUUUGGGCCUAUGUUGCGGACAUAGUCCGCCUUGGUUGGGUUCAGCGUGGUGAGUCUCACGACUCUAGCAACAAAUCAUUUAAGAAAAGUUCAUCCAGUAAUUCUCAGAGCACGGAGGGUUGGCUGUCAACUCAGGGGCAUGAUAAUGACAGCAUUCAAAAGAGAAAUUGGAGUAUCAAACCAAACGAUAAUCAGUUGGUGAAGUCGCACACCACAGAAUCAGAAUCCAUAGUAGCAUCAACACUAAAGGAGGAAAGCAUGCCUACAGGUACACAAGCUUUGCAAAUAUCAACCUCUGGCAAUGUAUCUGAAGUAGGUAUAUCCAAAGGAGACUUUGUACCCAGAAUUUCCAAGGGUGAUAUUCAGAUAUCAGGGGAGAGGGCAAAACAGUCUGAAGUAGGUGCAUCACCCAGAGGAAAUACCAUGGGACACAAGGAUAGCAUAUCAACUUCGGUAGAUGACACAAUAGGACAGACACUUGGAGAUGAAGUGGCAAGCUCGUCCAGGAUCACAACUCAGGGUUCUGCUGAAAUUGAUGCUGGAAAAGGAGUUUCAGCCGGCAACUCUUCUAUGACCGCUAAACCCGAGGAAGCUUGUCACAAUGACGGUUCAGAUAGCUGGAGAUAUGGACCUUCAGUCGCUAUAACACCUUACCAUGUCCCUCAGACCCAGACAAUGAUACCACAUGAGCAUACCUCAUCUGCUUCGUUUGAAUCAACGGAAUUGCCUACUGGUGGUUCCACUAGACUGGAGGAGAAGAUUUUUGUGCGCAAGGCCCCUGAAAUCAUCAGAACAGAAGUAAAAGAUCCUGAGCUGAGCAGGAGAAAGAUUCAGAGGAAUAAACAGGUAUUGAAGGAGACGUUUGAGGAUUGGGAGGAAGCAUAUCAGCAUGAUGCUAAACAGAGAAAGACUGAUGAAUUAUUCAUGAGGGAGGCUUUACUUGAAGCUCAGAGGGCUGCAGAUAUAUGGGAGGUGCCAGUUGGAGCUGUGCUAGUGCAUAAUGGAGAAAUUAUUGCUCGUGGUUGCAAUCUAGUUGAAGAUCUCAGGGAUUCAACUGCACACGCUGAAAUUGUUUGUAUAAGAGAAGCUUCUAGCAAACUUAAAACGUGGCGCCUGGCGGAUACAACACUUUAUGUGACGUUGGAACCUUGUGCCAUGUGUGCUGGUGCUAUUCUUCAAGCAAGAGUUGACACUGUGGUAUGGGGUGCCCCGAACAAGCUUCUUGGAGCUGAUGGAAGCUGGGUUAGGCUUUUCCCUGGUGAUGCGCAAACAAGCACGUUGGAUCCUGCAAACCAGAACCAAACUGCUGGGCCUGUCCACCCUUUCCAUCCGAAGAUAGUGGUAAGGCGUGGUGUACUCUCCACGGAGUGCUCUGAGAUAAUGCAACAAUUCUUCCAGCUGAGGAGGAAGAAGAAGCAGAGGCCAGAGUCGCCACCUCGCGCACACCUCUCUGGGCACCACCACCAUCCGAUCAAGUUCUUCACCAAGAUGCACCACAUGUUCGGCACAGCUUUCUGUUUAUAGGCACUUCCUCCUUUUCUUUUCGCAAUCGUAAGUAGAAUCUUAGCUUUCACAUUCAAUCCACUCACUGUGUUUCUAUGCAUGUCAUCCUUGAUUUCCCUUUUCGGGUGUCAAAAUAAUGUAUAGUUUUGUGUAUUGAGUUUUUUCUCCAGUGGUACUGAGUCUUUUUUCCUUUUAUAUAAAUUCUUUUUAGCUGUAAUACUGAAGACAAAUCCCCCUGCGAGUUA